GUGUUCUGCCGGCGUCCUGUGGUUUUCUGCGCCCGGCGCGCGAGCUGUCCACAGUCUGUCUGUUAUCACGGUCAUUUCUGGCAUCACCUCCCCCAGUGCGCAAGUCAAGCCUCGGCAUGCGUCUGUAAGCGCGUCAGCAUUGCACCCCUGGGCGGCGCUCUUUUCACGCAACCACAACCACACUAGCUCUGCGCGGCACAUUGCGCACACUGCCCCUGACCGCUAUGGGGUGGCUGACCCAACGCCUCGGGGAGCUCUCCUCGUCGCUAACAACCGGCAACAGCCACGGGGACGAGGCAUGGCACAGCAAAGACCGCGAUGAUAUCUCGUUACCUCUCGCCCGCAACCACAAUGACUUGGACACCUCUCACGCGCAGGAGGCGUACAACGCCUCGCCGGACACAACGGCCGCCACGCAAAGAAACAGCGCAGACAAGAUCCGCGCCCUCGAUGGCCUGCGCGGCAUCGCCUGCCUGAUCGUAUACAACUACCACUUUCUCUGGCCGUGGACGCCCCUGAUCCUGCUCGGCUACGGGUCGCGCCCGCCGCUCACACCCGAGGCAUACAGCUCAUGGACGCAGCUGCCAAUCCUCUGCCUCCUGCACCGCGGUCGACCCAUGGUGGCGAUCUUCUUUGCCAUCUCGGGGUAUGUGGUGUGCCGGCAUGUCUUGCGGAUCAUUGUCGACGCCCAUGACGAGCACAAGCGGGAGGUGAUGAGACAUGGGGCCAACGACGGUGUGGGCAGUGUGAAAGGGAUGGACAAGGCAUACCAUAUUCUCGCAACGGCGUCCUUCCGGCGCGUGUUCAGGCUGUACACGCCCGCGACGCUGAGCAUGCUGCUGGUGGCCGUGCUCGCGCAGCUCGGCGGCUUCAAGACCGAAUUUGACGUCUACCACGGGCCAGACUCUGUGUACAUCAACGGCAGCGUGGGGACGUACUCGGGGACCGUGGACGGGUGGAGGAUCACGGGCGUGCGAGGAUCCCUGGUCGGCAGCGACGGGACGAGCGUGUACCUGAGCCCGACCGUCAACGCUGGCCUGCUGGUGUUUGGGCCUGGCGGGGGCAGCACGAGCCCGGCGUCCGGCUUUCGACGCCACCCUUCGUACUCGCCUAAGGUUCUGGACGGGGACUGGUCCUGCGAGGGCUGUCCGUGGGUCAAGCUCGGCGGCAUGUGGGAGGAGCACCCGCUGGUCUACGACUCGCUGUGGCACGCGGCGACAAACUUUACCAAGACGUACAACGACUGGGCGAACCCAUUCACGUUCAACGCGCAGCACACGCGGUACGACCCGCACACAUACACCAUGCCCAUGGAGCUCCGGGGGUCGAUGGUGCUGUACUUGUUCCUGCUGGCUACCGCGCGGUUGCAGGCAGUGUGGCGGUUGGUUCUGGGCCUGGGACUGGCGAUGUACGCGCUGCGGAUCGGGCGGUGGGAGAUUGGCACCUUUCUGGGCGGGAUGGUGCUGUCCGAGGUCGACAUCCAUCUUGGCUGGCAGGGAAACAAUGACACGACGGACGAGUACAUCGCAGACAGCAACGGGCACGGACACGGGCAUGCGAGGAAGAAGAGCACCGACCGCACGCUCCCUCGCCAUCAGCAUCACCCCAGCCCACACUUGUCCACCUCGGCAGCAUCACGACAGCCACGCCUCCGGGCCAGACUGAUCCGCUACACCAUCCUCUUCAUCUCGCUGUACCUCCUCUCGUAUCCAGACACCCACGCCGAGGUGACCCCUGGUUUUCGCACCCUUGCAGCGUGGUGCCCGAGGUACUACCCUAUGUCCAUCGAGAAGUGGCGCUUCUACCACGCACUAGGUGCCCUACUGUUCCUCCCCUGCGCCCUGCGCACGCGCUUCCUCGCGCAGACGGUCCUCGAGUCCGAGCCUGCGCAGUACCUGGGCAAGAUCAGCUUCGCGUUUUACCUGGUCCACGGGCCCGUGCUGCACAGCCUCGGGUUCUGGAUCAUGCCGCGGCUGUUUGACGCCUUUGGGGGCAAGGUGACGGGCGAGGUGAAUGUGGCUGGGCUCCUCUUCGGGUGGGCGCUGUUGGGCCUGACGAGCUUGUGUCUGGCGGAUGUGUGGUAUCGCAAGGUCGAUGUGUGGAGUGUGGGUGUUGGGCGGAGGGUAGAGCGGUUCAUGAGUGGUGGUCUCUAGGAUUUAGUGCCGAGGUUUAUAGUAACAAUCACAAGGUUAUGCCUGCAAUUUG